UUCAAUCAGUCCCAUGUGUCUGACCAUGAACGAAGACUGAGUGAGCUGAAAUAUAAAGUCAGAGAAGUUAAUCUACCACAAAUGGAAUGCAUCAAUGUUAUGAAACAAAUGAAAACAGAAGCUUCAAACAGGGAUAAAUUAAAACACUUCACUAUGGAUUCCAGAGCCGAAGAAGAUGUUGACUUAAGGAGCCAUGAGGGAAGUGGUGAGGAAACUGAAUCGGAAGAUGGAGAAGAUGGCGCUGAACAUGGUGAUGAAACUGAAUCGGAAGAUGAAGAAGGUGAGUCUAGACAAGAAGAUGAACAUGAAGAAGAAGAGGAAGUUCGACAAGAACAAGAGCAAACACAUGGUUAGUUCUGAGGGCAUAAAAGAAUUUACAUGUGCUUGUUUUGCAUGGGCCUAAUGGUAGUUCCUAUCUGUUCACAUACCAGAAGUUGUAGAGAAGACUAGAAGAGGACCUACUCACAUGAGGCGCUUCUGGAAAGAACAUGAUGUUGAUAACAAGAUUAAUUUGAAGUUCAACAGAUUUGGUCAGCCAUGUGGUUUGAAUACUUGCAAGCUGUCAAAUUUUAUUGGAACCCUAGUGAAAGGAAAAGAAAUGUCCUUAGCUGCUCAAAACCGGAGCAAAGUACCAAAGUUGGAGAAAGAAAAGUUGUGGGGUUCUGUCCAGGCUUUUUUCAACAUUGAUGAGUCAUACAAAAGAUGGGUGUUGAGAUCAGCUAGUAAAAAAUUGAAAGACUUCAAGGUUGUUUUAAAGAGGAAAUACUACAAAGCUGAUUUGUCACGGGCACGGAAUAUUCUUAAUGGUUGUGAUAAUAGAAUUCCAAUUGGACAGUGGGAGUGGCUAGUAAAACACUGGAGAACAGAGAAAGCUAAGGAAAAAUCUGAGAGAAACAAAGCCACUCGGGCAUCGCAACUCGAGGGAUGCAACGGGACCCACAUGGCUGGGUCACGAAGUUUUGCAGUUGUCCUUGAUCAAAUGGAGAUGGUAGAGGGUAGUGAAAUUGGGCGUGCCGAGCUUUACAUGGUUACGCAUACAAAAAACAAUGGAUAUCCAGUCAACCAACAAAGCGGAGUAAAAAUGGAUGAAAUUAAAAAGGAUUCGGGAAGAUCCUUCUUUGAUUGGUGAGGAGGCCCGUGAUGGUGAUCUUUAUUCAUCAAUUUUCCCAAAAGGAAAGAAAGGAAGGCCAAGUGGCCUUGGUCUAUUAGUAGGUGGAGUCGCUUCGAAGUGCCUUGCUCAAGUUGAAGCUGAACUACAUGUUGCUAAACAAGAGAACAUGGAGCUUCGGCAUGUGGUGCAUACUCUGGUGGUAAAUCAAACUUCAAUAAUGGCCAAGAGUGAGAGAAUGGCAGAACAGUACAAUGAGCUAAAGAGUUUGAUCAUAGCUUCUAGGGGGUCUGUUGAAAUGGGAGGAAUUCCAGAAAAGGAGCUUCCAAAUAAAGAACCUUCUAAGGACUUGGAAAUCAGGAAUGACGAAGAACAAGCAACUUCACUUUCAUACACUACCAAGGCAUCCGAGGCAAUGGCUGAUCCAAGGCAAUGGCUACUCUAAGUUGGUGAAGGCAUCCCAACUGGAAUCAAAGAAAACAGAAUCAGCACUACCAAGUCUUGCGCCUGUGCCAAAACCAAAGAAGACAAAGACAACUAAACAUAAGAAACCAGGAAUAUUUCAAACACCGCUCCAAAAGGGGCCAAAGGACGGAUUAGAAGAUACCAUAAAGUGUGGCAUGGAAGUUAGUUUGACGUCGCCAAACAGUGCAGGUGUGGUGGCAAUGGGAACAAUUCAGAAAACUGAUAGAAAAGCUAAAGCUACUGAUGGCCAACCACUAGCUGAUUGUGUUGAAGUUCUUGUCAACGUCGUGCUCAAAGAAACA